AUUAACAAAUACACUCUUCAAAAAAAUAUUGAAAAAUAAGUUUCAACUUAGCUUAAAGAGUAUUCAAUUUGGAAUAUGCACAUAAAAGUCAAGAUAAUUUCGUCACAUAUGCUUAAGAAGCUCCAGCUGCGUAAGAGUGUCAAGCUUUACAAUACGUAUGAAGAAAACUGCGCACUCUGUAUACUCCGUACAUGCAAUAACAAAGCAGACAGAGUAGAAAAACAUUUAAAUUGAGGAACGAAUUGCAGCUGAGCGUAGAGACAUUUAAGAAAGAAACUAGAGUCUAACGGCAAUCAAUAAAGAGGCUUGGGAAACAAUAAUUUGGAAAUAAAAGCCAAAUAAAAGAGAAGAAAUUAUAACUGAAUAAAAUCACAUUAAACGAAACAUAAAUUGGGGGCAGAUAAGUAAUUGCUGUGGGAAGAUGUUGAGUCUUCAAGUCAAUCCACGGGGAUUAAAAAUGCCGUUUCUUUCAGAAACAUAUACGUUUUUUGAAUGAAGAUCAUUUUUAAGAGUAAUAUAAGGAUUUUUUUAAACAAAUUUUAAUAACCUUUUUCAUAUAUGAUUCCUUAUAAGAAGAUGUGUUUUAUAGUUUUAAAGAUCGAAAUGACACAAAAACUUACCUUACCGACGUUGAAAUACAAUUCUCACAUAAAAAAAAUAUAACUGGCCCACUCAUGGCAUAUAAACGCACGUACGCGUGAGGACUCCAGCCAGAGCUCAAACAAAGGGAGAUAACCUCAAAAAGAAACGAAAAACUCCCAACUUAUUAUAGCAAAGUAAAGCGUUUCAGCGUUAAGCUUACAAAAACAGUAACAACAGUACUACACUGCUGUGAGCGAUUACUAAGCAAUGGCAGCAACAAUGCACAUACAAGUGGAGCAACAUGUGUGGCUGACAAGUUGUGAAUUUUGUAGCAACAAUGCUGACAAAUGUUGAAAGAUGAGUGAUUAAAAUGUCACUUGAAGUUGCGCAGCAGUUAGUCGCCGUGCGAUAAGCAGCACUUAUAAAACAACAAGAAGAAAAGUGCAAAAAAUAUAUAAAAAUGGAAAAACGAAGAAGAAAAGCUGUAAAAGAAGUAGAAAACUGAAAAUAAAGAAUGGAAUAAAAAAUUUGGACGCAUGCAACAGCAACCGAAAGCUGUAUAACAACGACAGCAAAGAAACGAUGAUGCCACAAGAAAUCUUGCGAGAAAGAGCAAAGCAAAAUGUUAGCAACAAUACUUGCAUUAGUAACAAACACAAAACUAAUAAAUUAAUCAUUUCAUUCAUAUCUAAAGGCAUCCGUCACCGGUUGACUGACUGCUGCGCCGGCUCGUUGCUCUAGUAGAAUACGCUCAACGGCCAACGACAGCCAGCAACAACAACAUUACGCAGCAGCAGAAGCUGGUGAUGGCGACAACAAUAACAAAAAAUUAUAGAACGGCAGUAAAAAUGUGUAGCGUGAAAAAAUCGAAUUUUUAUUGAAACGCUGGAUUGGAGUUGGGUUGCACUGACUGAAUUGGACAAGCUGAAAGACAGAAGACCGGAUUCAGUUCAAUAGUCAUUGAAUAACUGACUGCCAUAUUGUCUGUGUCUGCGUAUGUAGCUGCCAGCGAAGAAAGUUUACAGCGGGAGUGGUAUACUUGUAUCUAAGAGUGAAAAGAAAAUGUGUAUAAAAAUACGAAGCAUUGUCUAAAUGUGAUCACAAUACGAGCAAAUAGUAGAGAAAAAUUUGACUCUUUCGCACUCAUCACUUCCAAUUACCCAAAUUAACUGCACUAAUUAAUGAUCGUAAAACUUAAUUAUUUGAAAGAGAAAUUGUUUUCAUACAAAAACAAUAAUAAGUGAAGUGAUAAAAUCAGUAAGCAAUACGCAAUUUGAAAGGUAGACCCGAAUAAGAGAAAAUUUCGCCAAACCAUCAAGUUUUUUCGGACAGGCCCAUAAAUCAUAUAUCGUUAAACGUAUGCAGAGAUACAACAACUAAAAAAAAAACAGCAACAAAAAUAAAUAACCACACCACAACGUUUAUUGAACUCUCUUUGCUGCAUUUUUAGGAAAAGAAAAACUUCAUUAAAUUGGUAGUCGCUUUUUAUGCCCAGUUAAGGAAAUAAAAGUCAAGCGCGCUUAAUAGCCAAGGUAGCGGCAGCAGCCUUAGCAGCCAACGCCGCAACAGCAACAGCAUCAAUUACAACAACUACAACUUUAAUAAAAGCAACAGUAAGAAAUGCCUCAAGCGCUUCAGCAGAAAGGCCAUCGGUCUACAUCGCUGCAGACGGAAAUCACAGCAGCGCCGGUGCACGACUUUCGAAAGUGAAAUAUGCACAUACAAGCAAACAAAAUCGAGCGAAAAAGCACAUGCAACACAUAAGCACAAAGAAAGGGAUACAUAUAUGUGCGUGUGUAUGGAAACCAACUGAAAGUGAAUUUAUGUUCCUCAAAAAGGCACGCAGUGAACUUGCAAACAUUUAAUACAGACAGAGUUAAAUAGUGCAAUAAUUUUAGGUGUCACUAAAUGUUUGUUUAUAUUAUUUUAUGGUGCACACACGUUUGUCGCGAUAAUUUAUGUUUACAGUUUUUUAAUUAAAUUAGGUUUUAUUUUUUCGUGCGUGUUUUUGGCUCAUAGUUGGGUGUUAGCAACAAAAAUUACAAUAACAACAAUAAGGAAUAGCGGUGCGGGUGAAGGCAGCAAAAAUGGAGUCCGAAGAAAUAACCAAAAUGGUGGACGGCGUUUAUAAGAAUAUAUUAGAGAAAUUCAAUCCAGGGGCACGCCAACUCAUCUCCUCCGGCAAAGGUUAUUUGAAAGCUUUGCAUGGUGCUGCAUCUGCGUCACGCCUUUUCAAUGAAGCAUUAGCCAAGCUGGCAAUGAAUGCACAACAAAGUGGAACUAGCGAUAUUGGUGCGGCAUUGAUGAAUGUUGUCAGCGUUUACAAAGAAAUUCAAGAGCAACAAAUGAAUAUUUUGAAAGCUUUUUAUGUUGAUUUAUUGGUGCCAUUGGAAACAAAUUUGGAGAAGGAUACAAAAGUUGUUCAACAUGAACAAAAGAAAUUCUUACAACAGCACAAAGUACGCAUGGAGAGUUAUCAGAAGGCCGUUUCCACAAUGAAGAAACAGCGCAAGAAAAAGGCCAGUCCAGAGAAUACAGAAAAGGAGUUGAGAAAUUUACAAAUAUUGGAAGAUCAAAAGAAGAAGUUGGACGCAUUCUGCGAACAAAGCUACAAAAAUGCCAUGACACAGGAGCGCCGUCGGUACGGUUUCGUGCUUGAACGUCAAUGUUCCAUAGCAAAGCACUGGAUGGCCUAUCACAGCACUGGCAAGUUGGUAAUUGAUAACAAUUUGGAAAAUUGGCAAGAAAUUGCUGCUUCACGUGAAGUGAUACCAGCGGCGGCAGUAUACGAAGCGAGCGGUAUGUACGGCACUGCCAGCACCGGCAAAAGGAUGGAGCGUCUCAAAGAUGGCGAGGAUAUGCAUGCUGUUGGCAAUUCGUCUGCUUCGCAGCUUAAGAAAUCACGCAGUGUGGACGCGCCCUACGGCGAUAUGCGUACCUUACAUGAGAGUAAUAUCAGUUAUGCGCAAAAUUCGUUGCCGCGCGCUAAAUCCGAUUUCAAUCUGACAACUACAACGAACAUGAACGAUCAUGUCGAUCACGGUCAGUGGGACCAACGUCCCGUCGUGAAGGCGCUCUACGCCUAUAUGCCUUCGGGCGAGAAUCAGCUGCCCUUCGAGGAGGGCGAUCGCAUAGCUAUGGUCGGCAGUAAGGCUAAAGGUUGGCAAUUCGGUGAAAAUUUACGCACGCAAAUGUUCGGCUGGUUCCCGAUCGCCUACACCAAUGCUGAGGGCACGGGAGAGCGUGAAAAGUAUCGCGCGAGCGAACGCCAUAGCGAACGUAGUAGCGACCGUUAUGAGAAUGUGCAUUACGAGCGUAAUGGUGGUAUGCGCAGCAAUUACCAUGAUCAAUAUAUGCCUGAGGCGCAUAUGGAUCCUGCCAUGGAGAGCGAUUCAACAUACCGCCGACGUAAUAAUAGCGCCGAGGAAUCAUCGCCGACACGCAUGUUCGGUGACACUUUCCGAAAUCAAAAGAAGUACCGUGCAACAGCUGGCAGCAAUCCACGCCCCGGUCCACCACCAACACUCCCUGCACCAGUGCCAUCGAAUAGUCAGAGUCAAAGUGCCAGUCGUAUAUUGAAUACAUCGCAGAGCUUUUGUGGCGCUUCCAAUGGCAUACCAUCUGUGGUGGAGCGACGCAAGCAGCACAAACUGCAAAAUGGCCCACAAGCCGCGCAUAAUCGUUCCAUUCUUUCCGCCAAACAACAGUCCACAUCGAUGAGCGCUGGUGGUAGUCAAAUGAAACCCGCCGCGGCAGCUAAGACUUCAUUGCAUAGCAGCAAUGACAGUGGCUUUGCCAAUGAGCCGCCACCACAACCCGAAGUCGACUACUCGGAUGAAGAACAAACGAGUCGUGUGCCAAUACGCCGCCGUGCCGAUACCAAUUCGCACGUCUCACGGGAUGUUGCUUCGUGGACUUUGAAUCGCAAUUUCCGUAACAGUGUCGAUAGUCAGAUCGAUGAUAAGAGCAUGCACGGACUGAGCCGACGUAAUACGAAGAUGCGUUACGAUCUUAUUGCCAGCGAUGAUGAAAUACUGCAGGCCUCAAGUAGUGGCAUAAAGCGAACUAAAUCUUUUUGGAAAUUCGGUGGACGCCACGAAGAUAUACUGGCUGGUAUGUCGCUCUGGCAGCAUCGGGAUCUAGUGGCGGCACCAAAUAUGGAAGAAUUGCGCACGAAUAGUCCACAGCAUAAGGAAAAUGGACAUGUGGAACACGAAGAUGACGCUGAAGGCGUACAAGAGCGAGAGCAAGAGCAUGGACGCGAGAAUAUACGUAAUACAAACGAUAAGAACGGCACGUUAACGAAGUCGCAUUCUAACAACUCAACAUCAUCGGCGGAAAAGUACCGCAACGACAGUGUGACCAGCAUGGAAGCAUACGAUGAUGAUGAGAAUAUAUAUGGCAUGAGUCCAGUGGUAAAACGUGAGAAUAUAAUUGUACAGAAUCGCAACUCGAUGCAAUCAAAUGCAACUACAAUGCGUGCCGAAUACACACCGAAAUCGCGCAUGAAAAUUAUGAAGACAAUCGAAAUCGAUAUCGAAAAUCCAACAGAGAGCGAACGCUUGAGCACAAUCAAGCGUGGACAAAAGGAAUAUCAGAAAGAAUAUCGCGAAAGCGCCGGUAUGAUGCCACAAGUGAAUAUGAGUAUGCGCGCUAAUACGCAUGCGCGUAAUGAACAUGAGAGUAAAAGCAAGGCUGGCAUGAGCAUGAGCGGCAUGCAGUCGUCGCGUAAUAUGUUGAGCAACAACCAUAAGAAACAUCAGACGAACAACGUGGAUACGAACGCUGGCAAGCAUGCAAAUCUACAACAGAUGAAAUCGAAUGGCAGCGGCAGUCAGACGCAAACGCGUGCCAAACCACAAGAUUUUCCACACUCCACAGAGGAUGAGGAAGGCGACAGCGAUGACAAUGGCACACUCAAAAUGAGUGACGUUAACAACUUCUUCGACGAUAUCUCACAUGAGAACACCACUGGCGGCAUGAUUAUGAAAACAGUUAAGCGCAAGGACAUACUGAAGCAAUACUACACCAGUGAGGAUGAGUCUGACGAUAUUGAGAUUAAAUCCACAAGUUCGGAUCCUUAUGACUGUAUUGUGAUCAACGAUCAUUUGGUGCGUAAAGAUGAGAAGCAUCGUCGUCAACUGCACAACUCCUAUCAGGAGCACCAAAUGGAAUUUCAAACAUUUCGCGCCACCACAACAUCAGCCAUGCCACAAAGUAACAACAAGAAGAAUAAAAUGAAUGGCGUUGAGCAACGUAAAGGCAGUGGUGUAGCAGCGAGUACUAGCAAGUCAAAGAAACAACAGGAGCUGCAGGACAAUGAACGUGAGCGUGAGCGGGAACGUGAACGCUACAGCAUGAAUAACAGUGCCACGCUGACAAGAAACUCGAAUGCGAACGCGAAUGCGGCGCUGAACACACCGACUGCUACGAUACUGCCGCGCACGCGUCUCAUGAAAUCGAGCAAUAUGACAAGUAUGACUUUGGAACGCGCGUCUAAAAAUAAAACGCGCGAAAAUAGCCAUAUGAGUGGUAGUGGGGGUGGUAGUGAAAAAGAUAAAAAUCAUUAUGGUAAAACUUAUGGACCGUGGUAUGAUUUUUGGGAUCAACAAGACCAGCACACGCUUGUGAGCCAAAAGUCAAUGCAUAAUGGCAAAAUGUGAAAUAAUCAUAUUUUGAAGCGUUUAAAGGAGGGUUUUUUAGCAAUACUCUUAUAUUGGUAUUGGUAUUGGUUGCAUAAAUGUAUACAUAUAUUACGUUGGUUAUUAGGAAUGAAAGCGUUAGAGCGGUGUAAAAAAAUUAAUAAUUAAUUUGUAAAAUUUAGUAAUGUUAUGUAUAAAAGUUUUGCAACAAUGUUGACCAAAAAAAUGUUGCUAGCGUUUGUGAUUAAAUUUUGGCAUUUUUGUUUGUAUUAUGACAAAGGUUGAAAAAGUUUUGCAACAAUGUUGCACAAAAUAUUGGUAUGCUUCAGUUUUCGUAUUUCUUUUUGUUUUGUGAUAUGUUUUGAAACUGUAUAUUCAUAUAUUUAUUAUUUUUCAGCGAAAAUUUCUAAUUUUUUGGUGCGAGAAUAUGCAAAAUUUUAGAGCAACAUUUUUAAAUGCAUGUUGCCAGCAUCCUUUUUGUAAAUAUUUGUUAAAAAUAGCAUUCAUAGCAUUGCAGUGGUAUAGAUAACUCUAAAUUCCAAACGGAUAAUUUUCUACAACAGAAUUUGUUUAACUUUUAGUUAUAUUUUUAUAUCUUAAACAAGGCAUAUUAAGUUUGCUUGUCUGUCCUUCAAUUUCACAGAUAUCGAUCUGACAUCCUGCACACGUUGGCGUUCUCCCCAAAAUGCUGCUCAUUUGUUCGAGCGGCUGAUAUCGAAUCACUAUAGCUGCCAUAUAAACUGAAAAUUCAAAAUCAGAUUUUCCUAAGGAAUCUUUUGUAUUUGUGAAGCCUAUUAUAGUUUCAGUACAACCGUUUUUUUCUUGGGUUUUAUUCCUUAUAGCUCGGUAGUGUGGUUAUUUCUAAAUCAUAUGUUGCUAGCAACAUUUUCUGAUACUCGCUAAAUAUAUUGUAGCGCAGUAUAUAUGUAGAUUAUACAACUCAGAAAGUAAUAUUUUAUAUCUAAGCUUGUAUUUUUGUAUCAAAUACGGAUAUCAAACUCAACUAAAAAAUAUGCUCCGUUGCCACGUAAUAUUCCGGAAUAUUCACAAAAAUAUAUGCCAAUUAAGAAUAAUAUGAGGAAAUGCCAUAAACAGCGUUGAGCGCCUAAAAUCAUGCCACGCAUAAAUGAUUACCAUGAAUGAUUUUGUAUAGCACAAAUUUUUAUUUUUUUUAAAUUUAUUUUUUGUUUGCAUUUUAUUUUUUGCAACCAAAUCUUGUAUUGAUUUUCAUAAAAAUAGUGCUGAUUUGCUACUGAAUUAUCGUGCUAUCCAUACAAAUAUUCAUAUAUAUGCAUAUUUUGUUUGUAAGCCAUCUUAAAUUUUUUUCAUAAUUCAAAGUUGCUUAAACUCACUCAUUUAAACACAAAAACAUUUUCAAUUCAAUAUGUAAGAAAAAUGUUGCUAACAUGUCAGAAAAUUGUAUUUAACAUUGUAUUGUAGAUAACAAAAAAGUAUUAAAUUCCACUUUAACUUCAACAUUUACUUUCAUUUGCAUAAAUUUUCGUUGGAUCCAUGCAUCCUCAAAUAAACCUAAAUUCGUUUAUCUAAUGUGCGCUUAUUUCACAUAUAAUUGGCUACACAUUUAGCAUCAACAUAAACUAAACCCUUUGUGAAUUCUUUAUAUUUCCUUUUUCUAUGUGUAUUUCUAGAAAGGGUGGUGCCUACCGCAACAUUUACAUAGACUUCUAGACCAAGUAAUACAUAAA